AUGACCCGGAUUGUCGGCAAGAUGUGGGAAAAGUAUCGCCUGCGUCCAACUCAGGGCACUGUCUCCACCAUCCCAGUUUUCGUCUACGGCACAGCCUGGAAGAAAGAACGCAGUGCGGUCUACAAUGCAAUCAAAGCCGGGUUCCGGGCUGUGGAUACAGCAGCCCAACCUCGCCAUUACCAAGAGCACCUCAUUGGUGAUGGCAUCCGCAGAGCAAUUGCUGAUGGGACCGUUCAAACCAAAUAUAGUCCUGUCUUGGCACAGGAACUGGUCAAUUUGCCCUACGAUCCGUCAGCGACGCUGACGGAUCAAGUCCAUGCAUCUAUCAAAUCAUCAUUGCACAAUCUUCGCUCACCGGUUGACCCCGACUCCGUGGACGAGACCUACAUUGACACAGUGAUCAUCCAUUCGCCACUGUCAACUUUAACCCAGACCCUGGAGGCUUGGCACGCCCUCGAGACGUAUGUCCCCCACCUUAUCCGGAAUUCAGGCAUCUCUAAUUGUACAUUGCCUACACUUCGAGAGUUGUGUACUUCGUCUCAGACAACUGUGAAGCCGUCAGUGGUACAGAACAGAUUCUACGAGGAAACUCUGUUUGAUGUCCCCCUGCGCGCGUUCUGCCGCGAGAAUCAGGUCAUAUACCAAAGCUUUUGGACCUUGACAGCAAAUCCAGACCUUGUGCACUCUGAUCCAGUGCAACAGCUUGCUCACCAUGUUAAAGUAACCCCGGCUGCUGUUUUUUUUUAUACUCUAGUUAUGAGCUUGAAAGAUGUGGUGGUGCUGAAUGGGACCAAGGAUGAGUCCCGUGGGUGA